CUGAGGACAAAGAAUAAAAUGGGUCACACUUUCAGCCAUCACUUCAUCAUCCUGCGGACGCAACAAAACAUGAAACGUUAACGGAUGAAAAUGUUCGGAACGUGACGCUGUUUCUCGCGGAGCGUUUGAAGGAGAAAAGCAGCGUUUAUUUUUGAAUGAUUUCUGGGUCAUUUAGCAGGUUUUUAUUUUUUUUAAUCACCUGGUCCUCUGAAGUCUCGGGAUGAAUGAAGAAUCGUUUUGGGUUUUUGGAGACUGAACAGAUUUGAAAAGGUUCUGGUGGACUUCCAAUCCGGACCGAACACCGACGAAUGGACGCCGAGAAAAUCACUGUCCUCGGUGAAAAAUAAGAUAGGCGCCGCUGUAAAGGCGAUAAGGUGACAGUUUGCCUCGUCCCACACAGGAGUCGGGCUAAAGUCCUGCCCUGUAGACUGUGGGUCCAAAGAGCCGCUGAGCCUCUGAUGGAGGACUGCUCCUUCUGCCACCUGUACAUCUGUUUGGAUCUCUGCUCUCCCGCUGUGGACUCUGAGCGUUUGUGAACAGCAGAUCUGCUGCAGCCAUGACUCCGCCCACAUCCUCCGUGCAACUACUGGUCACCAUCAUGCUGAUGCUGAUGGCUUCAGGCAUGGAGCCAGAGACGUGUUUCUCCAGACAGCACCAGAGCGCCAUCGUCGACAUGGGAUUCGUCUUACACCAAGAAGGGACGGCCAUGGACGCCAGACUCGUGUCUUCGGAGCGAGCCUGUAUCCUGUCCUGCUGCUCAGAGGAGGUCAAACCAGAUGCCAAAUGCAACAUGGUCGUGUUCAAUGACCUCAAAGGGCCCGGUGAGGAGAACUGCUUCUUGUUCCACUGCAACAAAGAGCAGGACUGUCCGUUAAAGAAGGCCCAGAGCGGUGUCAACACCUACGACAUCUUCAAAGGCGUAAUUCAUCCGACCAUGAUCAGACUUGUAACCAAAGAACAAACCACCACAUCCGCCCCAAGUACACCCACUAUACAACCAGUCACCACAGCAACCACCUCACCGGCUGUAACAACACCACAAGCCACCAUUACCACAACGAUGACCACCACCACCACAACACCAGCGACCUCAACCACCGUGCAACCACCAGCUGCCACAACAGAAGCUCCACCCAUUCUUAUCGUACCCACACUGCCAGUGGCAACCACGGUAACCACCACAACCACCACCCCAACUCCUACUACACCCUUUACUACCACAACCGCUCAGAGCACUACCACAACCACUCCAGCUACUCCUACAGUAGCAUCGAUCAUCACGACAAGAAAGCCAAACAAAAUGAGCAAAAAGCAAAACAAAACCUCCAAGAAAGCAAAGAUUCAUGCUGUUACCACGACGACACAGAAGGCUGUGACAUCACAUGUUAUUGAAAUGACCAGCAGGGUUACUGCUGAACCGCCACCCACCACCAAGACCGCCACCUUUGUAACUACGACGACUACUGGUACUAUUACCACCAUGCCUACUACUGCCAUGAGUACUAUUCCUAGUACCACGACUCCUGCCACAACUCCUUCAACUACAACUACUGUUAUGAUUAUCACUUCUACUGCUACUCCUCUUCCUACUACUGCUGUGACUACCCUGAGUACUACUACUACAGUCACAGUAGUCGCUGAGUCAUACACCACAUGGACGUCUCCGGGAUCCAGCCUUGUCAUCACAGCAAAAGGUGCCGUCCAGGCUGAUCAGACCCUCCAGAAACCGGUCUCUGCUGUGGAUCGUGUCGCUCAGGGCAAAGCCAUGGCGGCCAGGGCGGCAAUGAAGAGCGGCACGGUGGCGUUCAUGGUGCUGGCACUGGCUGUGCUGACUCUGGCUCUGGCUGUGGGUGGACGCAAAGCAAUGGAGUCCUUCGACAGGCGCCACUACACAAGACUGGAGCUCAACGACCUGCACUACGAAGUGUGAGCGCCAUUGCCACGGCAACACAAACCCCUCACGGGCGUGUUUGAGUUUUUCAGCGGAAGCUCAGGAGGACAGAAUCUACAACAUGCGAAGUUUGAGCGGCUGAUGUUCAUCCCCUAAUAUUUUAAUUUAUAAAUAUCACUAAAAUGUGUCACUGUGUUAAAGGAAGUGUCUAACAGAACCACAGAGAAUACUUAAACCUGAUUGGUUAAAGGGUCAGCGUUACUUUCAGAUAACCACGUUAUUACUUGUCUGUCAACCGGAUAUCUCAAGAGUUUGACAAAAUUAUGUUUUUCUUCCGGUCAAUCAAUCAAUCAACUUUUUUUUUAUAUAGUGCCAAAUCACAACAAACAGUUGCCCCAAGGCGCGGUCAAACAAACAUUUAGCCUAUGUGAUGUCACAAAGAUGGUGAAUGUGAUGACACUUGCCUUAUGACAUCACAAAGAUGUGUAGAUAUUCUGAUGACAGACUGUUGGACUUUGGCAGGAGUGUGUGCUCUCUGAUUUCACUCUAGUUAACUUUAUACUUCUGUCAAUACUUGUUUAUACAUUACUGGCUUGUAAGUGAACUACUUGAGUACUCUUGGUCCACAAUAGCACAGUUUCCUUUUGUUCUUUCUGACCUGUCUUGUUUUGGGGGUGGGGCAUAGUCUCCUUGAUCCAGUCCCUCUUUCUAGCUCCACCCAGUAAAAAGAAGGACUGGAUCCAACGGUGUUUGUGGCUAUGAGGAGGCCACACCUGAGCUUUUGGUGAACAUUGGGCACUGAUGGGAUGAGAGCUCUGACAUCAACAUAUUACAGGGUGUGACGAUGGUGGCCUGUAAGUGACAAAUUUGAUAGAAAGGAA